AUGACGUCAGAGGAGAUACUGUGGCAAGAAUGUGUUGCUUGCUUUGCCGGGAUAGAGAGGUUGUCCGGGCGUAAGGAGAUUAUUUUGGCCCUUAGUUCGUUUUUUGGCCGGUUAAAGAGAUAUGAUUUAGAGGUUGCUUUGUACUUAGCGAUUGCCCGGAUUAGUUCGGAAUCGGCGGGGAUAGAAAUGAAUACGGGUGAAUUCAUUCUCUUGCGGGCCUUAAGUAUGUUUAGUGCUAGUCCGGUUGAGUCCUUAAGGGAAAAGGCUAAAUCAGCUGGAGAUAUCUCGGUGGUUGUUAAAGCCCGGAAAGGAUUAAGACUGGCCUUUGGGCCGAAGACCAAGAAGUUAACUUUAGCCGGGGUGUUCAAUCGGUUGCAGGGUAUUGCUAGAAUUACAGGUAAGGAGGCUGCUAAGCGGAAGACUGAAGAAAUUGCCGUCUUACUAAGUGAGUGCCAAAGUGAUGAUGAGAUUAAGUAUCUGAUCAGGUUAGUAGAUGGUAAACUUAAAAUUGGUAUAUCAACUCAAACAGCCUUGUGUGCCUUAGGACAUUGUAUGGCUAAUAGCAAUAGGAUCGGGUUGGGUAGGGAUGGUGAUGGUGAUGGUGAGGUGGAUAAAGAUAAGAAGGUAAGUGGUGAUAUAGAUAAGGAUAAGAAUAAGGAUGGUGAUAUGGAUAAGGAUGGUGAUAUAGAUAAGGAUGGUGAUAUGGAUAAGAAUGGCGAGGUAGGUAGUACUAAUGAAGUGGGUGGUAGUAAGGUGGGGGGUGAGGAGAUAGAGUGGCGAGUGGACGAAGAAGAGGCUAUGGAGAAGGUCAAACAAGCAUACGCCCAGUUGCCUUCUUUUAGUAGGAUAGUAGAGGUACUGUUUGCACAGGGGUUAGGGGGGUUGGAUAGUUCUUUGGUUACACCGGGGUAUCCUUUGCGGCCAAUGUUGGCUUUGGCUGAGAAAGGGCCUGAUUUGGCUUUGGCUCGGUUUAAAGAGGGGUCUUUUGUAGCUGAGUAUAAAUAUGAUGGCGAGCGGAUUCAGAUUCAUUCGGUUAAGCAGGAGAUUAAGUUGUUCAGUCGGGGGCUGGAGUUAAUAACUGAAAGGUAUGCGGCGGUGAUUGCUUAUUUAAAGAAGGCCUAUCCGGGGCCGUGUGAUUAUAUUUUGGACGGGGAAGUAGUGGCAUAUGAUCGAGUGCAAGAUAAGACUUUGAGUUUUCAAAUGCUAUCUAAUCGGAAGAGAAAACUAACGGAAGAGAACAAAGAGAAGGAAGAAGCAGAUGUAGCUCUGUUUCUUUUUGAUAUUAUCUUUUUUGAUCAGCCGCUUAUCAAAUUACCACUUUUGGAAAGAAAGGCUCAAUUAGCUAAACAUUUCCAACCUGUUCCAGGAGAAGUAUUUCUAGUGACUGCUGAAGUCUUACAAGCUACGGAUAUUGAUAGGAUGAAUACUUUAUUUAGUCAAGCCCUUCUCUUUGGUUGUGAAGGUUUAAUGCUUAAAAGUACGGGCAGCACAUCUACUUAUGAGCCAUCUAAACGCAGUCAGAAAUGGGUUAAGCUAAAGUCCGAUUAUAUUCAAGGCAUGCACGAUACUUUUGAUUUGAUUGUAGUUGGGGCCUAUGCCGGCAAAGGCAAAAGAACGGGAGUGCAUGGCGGGUUCUUACUAGGCUGUCUUAAUGAAGAGGGCGAAGUUCAGACCCUUACUAAGAUAGGAACUGGUUUCUCAGAAGCCUUCCUCCAAGCGGCUAGUACCGAGCUAGAAGCGUAUAAAUCUUCCACUCCUACCGCUGAUAUUUCCGGGCCACCCCAGCCUGAUAUUUGGUUUAAGCCGCAGAUUAUUUGGGAAGUAGCCGCCGCUAGUAUUUCUCUUUCCCCCAAGUACACUGCCGCCAAAAACUCACCAGAGCUGCCAGAAGGCAAAGGUCUUUCCCUAAGAUUUCCCCGCUUCAUCCGUAAACGAGAAGACAAACCAAUUGAAGCAGCCACAACUUCCGCCCAAAUCCUAGACCAGUUCUUAGCCAGUACAUCUGCCUAA